GGGAAGAGGAGGAGGAGGGAAGGAGGAGGAGAGGGGGGCUGAUCGGGGCGGGCUCAAGCCUUUUUUCAAACUCAAUAUUUUAUACUUUUGAUACUCCCUGGCGGUGGAAUUCAUUCCUCUUUUCCCGGCCGAUCCCAGAUCUAGGACACCGCUUGGUCAUCAGUGCGCAGCCAUCUACGGUGUGAUAAAAAGUAUCCGGCUGACAGCAAAUAAAAUAAAAAACAACAACAACAAACUGCGCGCAGGGCAGAUUGAUAUCGGGAGAACAGUGAGGACGGCGGCGGGGAACGAGAACAGUGGACGAUCGGAGGGGAUUUAUAGUGCCGACCGACCGGCCUCAUAGAGACGCGUACAAGAACGCUCCAGAUCUAUAAGAAGAGCCCGGGCGGUCUGAACCCCUUCAAUGGAUCUACCCGAAGAUGCAGCAGCUACUUUUUCAUCUUUCCUAAGCGGCACCGCUGCUUCGCUGCAGGACCCCGCUCUCUGAAACAUGGAUUCCCGUGAGCAUCUCCCACCCAACUCCCUGCAACAUUAUGGUAAAAGUGCACGCCGAGAUUCAUCCCUGUAACGGUAUCCGCCCAUCUUUUCCCGUGGAAAUCAGCCGCCCGAAGCAACAAACGUCUUCCCCCCCUUUCUCUCAGUUCCCCUGGGGGACGUCAGUAUUUGUCAGGUCAUACUGAGUGAAGGCUGUCUCCUUUCACUGGAGGGAUUUCACACACACAAAAGAAAGAAAGAAGAAGAAGCAAGUCCUUUAAAAGUCGUGUGGUGGUCAGGAUGCUCACCCUCUCCUUGUGAUCACCGCUCCAUGCGCGUUACCUCUCAGCUGAGCUCUGUGGCCCCCUCACCCUGUAUCGGACCCUGCUCCAUACACCCUUACCCAGCCCUGCCAUGCUCCUCCGGGCUGCGUUUUUGCUGCUGCUGCAAUGUUUGGCCUCCACCCUCGGCCAGUACAACAUGUGCAAAUCCCUGGUGAGCACGGACGAGGGCUCGGUGUGGGAACAUUAUGCGUGCCAGCCCAGUCCCGGGUCUAUGAAAGACUACAUGCGCAUCAAGGUGGAUCCGCCCGGAAUCACAUGUGGAAAUCCUCCCGAGAGGUUCUGCACUCUGGAGAACCCAUACCUGUGCAGUGACGAGUGUGACGCCUCCAACCCAGACUUGGCCCACCCUCCUCAGCUGAUGCAGGACCGCGAACGCAACGGCCUCAUCACCUACUGGCAGACUGUAACCUGGGGUCGACACCCGGAGCCCCUGCUGGCAAACAUCAGCAUGUCCUGGAAUAAGAGUCUGGAGCUCACCGAUGACAUCCAGAUCACCUUUGAAUAUGGCCGUCCCACAAUCAUGGUUCUGGAUAAGUCCAUGGACCACGGGCGCUCCUGGCAGCCCUACCAGUUCUAUGCCGACGACUGCCAAGACGCCUUUAACAUGCAGCCCAAACAAGUGCGCGACCUCUCGCCCGCCAACCUCACACGGGUCAUUUGCACUGAGCAGUACUCGGGCUGGGUUGGCUCCAAGAACGACAAGAACGUGAAGUUUGAGGUGAGGGAGCGUUUUGCUGUGUUUGCAGGCCCCCGGCUGCAAAACAUGGACAGCCUUUACACCCGCAUGGAAAGUAUGAAGGGACUGAGGGACUUCUUUACCUUCACCAACCUGAGGUUGAGGCUGCUGCGGCCUGCGCUCGGAGGCACCUAUGUCCAGAGAGACAACCUGCUAAAGUACUUCUACGCAAUCUCCAACAUCGAGGUCCCGGCCAGGCGGAAGGUGAGCGGAUGGGAGGUGUAAGCCUGGAUACAGGAGCAGAAAAGAGAUGCAGGCGUAUGAUGGAUUAAUUCCUAGUUUCAGGGGACUAGCCAGGAUGUGUGAUUUUGUGAUGAAUGAUGUGCGGUGUGAGGCUCUGUAAAUAUUAUUCACCAGUUUACACGGCGACCAUUUAUCCAUCCACGCAGCUGAGAGCUUCCUUGUAUCGCGUCGGAGGAGAACUUCGCAGUCAGUUAUUGCCAGCUUUUUCUCUCGCAUAUUUAAAUGCAGCGCCCUGUAAAAGUAUUCACACCCCAGGAACUUUUCACAUCUUGUCACAU